AUACCACACCAGAGGAGUCCGUCACUCUCCUCCUCCUCCUCCUCCUCCUCCUCCUCUUCCUCACUGCUUCAACAACCAACAAUGGCCUCCUCAACUUCAUCUCUCACCCUAUCCCAAGUCCUCCUAGCUCGAGCCAUCUCCCACCACGCUUCCACCCAAUCCCCUGACAACCGUGUCUCCCUCUCCCCUCGCUCUCUUCCCGCCUUUUCUGGCCUCAAAUCCAUCGCCCCACGCUCCACCACUUCCCCCCGCCGCCGCCUCCUCCCUACCCGUCAGCUACGUCAAGUCCGUGCUGCUGCAGUUGAGACUCUCGAUGCCACCGCCGAGGCUUCCCUUGUGGAGAAGUCGAUCAACACGAUCAGGUUCUUGGCCGUUGAUGCAGUUGAGAAGGCCAAUUCGGGCCACCCUGGCCUGCCCAUGGGAUGUGCUCCGAUGGGUCAUAUAUUGUACGACGAGGUCAUGAAGUAUAACCCGAAGAAUCCUUAUUGGUUCAACAGAGAUCGGUUUGUUUUGUCUGCUGGGCAUGGUUGCAUGUUGCAGUAUGCACUGCUUCACCUCGCUGGUUACGAUAGUGUCCAGGAAGAAGACUUGAAGAAUUUCCGUCAGUGGGGAAGCAGAACCCCAGGACAUCCGGAGAACUUUGAGACUCCUGGUGUUGAAGUAACAACUGGCCCUCUUGGUCAGGGUAUUGCAAAUGCUGUGGGAUUGGCUCUCGUAGAGAAGCAUUUGGCUGCUAGAUUCAACAAACCUGACAAUGAGAUUGUUGACCAUUACACAUAUGCUAUCCUGGGAGAUGGUUGUCAAAUGGAAGGAGUUUCAAAUGAAGCUUGUUCACUUGCUGGGCACUGGGGACUUGGGAAACUUAUAGCUUUUUAUGAUGACAACCACAUUUCUAUUGAUGGUGACACAGAUAUUGCCUUUACUGAGAAUGUAGAUAAGCGUUUUGAGGGCCUUGGGUGGCAUGUCAUCUGGGUGAAGAAUGGAAACACUGGUUUUGAUGAUAUCCGUGCUGCCAUUAAGGAAGCAAAAGCUGUCAAAGACAAGCCCACUUUGAUCAAGGUGACAACAACCAUUGGUUAUGGGUCUCCAAACAAGGCAAAUUCAUAUAGUGUACAUGGUAGUGCAUUGGGUGCCAAGGAAGUGGAUGCUACAAGGAAAAACCUUGGAUGGCCAUAUGAACCUCUGCACGUGCCCGAGGAUGUGAAGAAGCACUGGAGCCGCCAUGUCCCUGUUGGUGCUGCCCUCGAAGCUGAAUGGAAUGCUAAGUUUGCUGAAUAUGAGAAGAAGUACAAGGAGGAAGCUGCACAGCUAAAGUCCCUCAUCACAGGUGCACUACCUGUUGGGUGGGAGAAGGCACUUCCAACAUAUACUCCAGAAAGCCCAGCUGAGGCGACUAGAAAUCUGUCUCAGACAUGCCUUAAUGCCCUUGCAACAGUACUCCCUGGUUUUGUUGGUGGAAGUGCAGACCUUGCUUCUUCCAAUAUGACAAUCAUGAAAAUGUUUGGGGACUUCCAAAAGGACACUCCAGAAGAACGCAAUCUUAGGUUUGGUGUUAGAGAGCAUGGGAUGGGAUCCAUCUGCAAUGGCAUUGCCCUUCACAGCCCUGGCAUGAUUCCUUACUGUGCUACUUUCUUUGUCUUCACUGACUACAUGAGAGCUGCCAUUAGAAUUUCUGCUUUGUCUGAAGCUGGAGUUAUUUAUGUUAUGACCCACGAUUCCAUUGGUCUUGGUGAAGAUGGGCCAACUCACCAGCCUAUUGAACACUUGGCAAGCUUCCGUGCAAUGCCCAACAUUUUAAUGCUCCGCCCAGCUGAUGGAAAUGAAACUGUUGGUGCAUAUAAAGUUGCUGUUGCCAACAGGAAGAGACCCUCAAUCCUCGCCCUCUCUAGGCAAAAGCUGCCCCAUCUUCCCGGAUCUUCCAGCGAGGGUGUUGAAAAGGGUGGCUACAUUAUCUCAGACAACUCCUCAAGCAACAAACCAGAUGUCAUUCUGGUUGGAACUGGUUCUGAGUUAGAAAUUGCUGCUAAAGCUGGUGAGGAACUCAGAAAGGAAGGCAAGGCUGUUAGGGUUGUCUCUCUUGUUUCCUGGGAGCUUUUUGACGAGCAGUCAAAUGCCUACAAGGAAAGUGUCUUCCCAGCUGCUGUAUCAGCUAGGGUCAGCAUUGAGGCUGGAUCAACAUUUGGGUGGGAGAAGAUUGUUGGACCUAAAGGAAAGUCAAUUGGUAUUGACCGCUUUGGGGCAAGUGCACCGGCAGGCAGAAUAUACAAGGAGUUGGGUCUCACUGUAGAGGCUGUCAUCGCAUCAGCAAAAGAAGUUUGCUAGACUCAAUAAUGAUUCAAGAGUGUCUGCGAGAACUUGGGAUUUUUGGGUUGGAGGAGGUUAGAGUGAAGACGCCAUUCUAAGGAGGUCUGCUUCACGAACAUGAUCUCUCUUGUUUUAAUAAGAACCAAAUUAAAUUUGACUUUCACUUUGUAAUUUCAUUUGUAGCAAGAUAGAGCAAACGGGAGAGUGGAAUUCCUUAAAAGUUGUAAUAACUCUUGAACUUGUCUCAAGAGUUUUGAAAUGUCUGUGGUUGUUUGAGAAUACAGCUAGCAUUUCCUACAUUAUUCAUUCUUUUUUUGUCAUCUUGAGUUAUGCUGCUGGAGUUUUAAUUGCAAUAUGGAUUAGGUAUAAUAAGGUCAUAUGUAAGUU